AUGAAAGUAGGCCUUGGAACAGGCUCAACGGCUUCGUUUGCAGUGGAACGUUUGGCAGAGAGAAUCCGACAGGGGGAGCUCACAGACAUCAGCUGCGCAUCCACUAGUGAGGCGACUCGCAAGCUCGCAGAAUCCCUUGGCAUCAAUGUAAUGUCCCUCGACGAAAUUAGCUUGCCUCUGGACGUGACCAUUGACGGCGCCGACGAAGUGCUGAAGAAUGGCUCACAGCUGGUGCUGAUAAAGGGUCGGGGUGGCGCUUUGCUGCGGGAGAAGAUUGUUGAAGUGAACUCCAAAGCGUUUAUUUGCGUGGCCGACGAAGGCAAAGUCGUGCAGCCGGACUCCUUCGGGACGACGGGAGCAGUUGCACUAGAAGUCGUGCAAUUUGGAGCGCAGGCGACGCGGCAGGCCGUGCUUUCCGCCGUUGUUUCCGUCCUGGGUGGAGAGGUCUUAGAGGCAGAGGAAGAGACUGCAGAGAAAGCAGCAGAAGGGCUAGGCGUGUCAGCGGUGUUCAGGCAUCAUGAAAACAAGGAGGAGUUGUUUGUCUCAGACAACGGAAACUUCUGUCUUGAUUUGUUCUUUAAAAGACCUAUCCCUGAUCCACAAAAGAUGCACGACAGACUCAUCAACGUUGUUGGCGUUGUCGAAACAGGCAUUUUUAUCGGCAUUAGUAAAUUGUGCAUCAUCGGACACUCCUCGGGCACCACAACAAGGCUGGCUGUAUGA